UUGAGCUCGUACUGAAUCUGAUGGAGAAGGUGAUUUGGCGGUGGUUGGACGCUUUUGCUCGUACCUGCGACUUAAUGGAUACAUAAAAAGGACGUUUAUGAACUUAAAAGCGCCGUUUGUGGAUGUUAGAUGUAGUGGACCGGUAUGUGUCGAAACAUUCAAUUCGGAACUUGUUAAAUGAAGUGGACAUGGAUAAAAGCGGUUGCGGGAUACAUCAUGCAGUUUACCAUUUAUUCCUUCUGUGGCUUUCAGUUUGCCCUCUGUGCUCUCAGGGAAGUUGGAUGUGGUUGGGCAUCACAUCUGUAGGAGUACCCCAGAAGUUGGGUUGCGCGCAUUUGCCCCUGUCGCACAAGCAGAAGGAGCUGUGUGAGCGCAAACCGCACCUUCUACCGAGCAUUAAAGAGGGCGCCCGCCUGGGCAUCACCGAAUGCCAGACGCAGUUCAAACACGAACGCUGGAACUGCUCGACCCGACGGGACCCGAACGUGUUCGGCUACGAACUCACCAGUGGAACGAAAGAGACAGCGUUUAUCUACGCAGUAAUGGCUGCCGGCCUGGUUCACGCAGUCACACGCUCUUGCAGUGCGGGAAACAUGACAGAGUGUUCAUGUGAUAUGAGUCUGUUGGGCACUGGUUCACCCACGGAGGGCUGGCACUGGGGCGGGUGCUCUGACGACAUCGCAUUCGGGACUUCGUUCAGCCGUCGCUUCAUCGAAAAUUCAAUAAAGAACACAUCAGCCCGUGGUGAGGACGCCCUGUUCACUAUGAACCAGCAUAACAGCGAAGCUGGGAGACAGGCGGUGGCCAAAACAAUGUUGACAGACUGCCGCUGUCACGGCGUGUCGGGUUCGUGUGCGGUAAAAACGUGUUGGCGCUCAAUGGCCGCGUUUGAGCGUGUGGGCGCCUACCUGAAGGAGCGCUACGAAAACAGCGUUCAGGUGGUGGACCGUUUUAAACGCAAGGUGCGACGUAAGGACAAAGACCAUCGCCACAUGCCUAUUAGCAAAGAGGAGUUAAUCUUCCUCAACAAAUCGCCUAAUUACUGCUUGGAGGACCGGCGGUUGGGUGUGACGGGGACCAGGGGCCGCAGGUGUAACAGAACUUCAGCCGGGCCGGACGGCUGCAACCUGUUGUGCUGUGGGCGGGGCUACAACACGCACGUGGUGCGACAUGUAGAGCGCUGCGAGUGUAAGUUCGUCUGGUGCUGUUACGUUCGCUGUCGCCGCUGUGAGACGAUGAACGACAUGCACACCUGCAAGUAGGAAUGGACCUUCUUUACGCUUUCAGCCCCGUUGGGUCUAUACAAACAAGCGUGUUGACAAAAUAUCCAUGGCAACCGGCAAUCAAAAACUAGGGAGAAAUGGUAUAACUCCAUAUGCAUAACUCCUCCCAUGGGCUGAAGUGGGAAUCAAGCCAUUUUGUAUAUAAUUGACUGUGGAAUAUAACUGGAGCAUAAAGGGAACUAAAAUACUGGGAACAGCAGAAAAAGUGUAAAUAGAUGCUUUUGUUCUGGUUUGUAUUGAGGGCUCUUACAAUUAUAGUUGGAAUUAUGUAGAUAAUAUGCCAAGAUAUUUUUGAUACAGUGUUUUAUAGGUUGCAAAUGAGAAUCCCUUGAAUUAAAGACAGAGAUAAUUCCAAAAGGAUGUAUUCUGUCAUUUUAGCUUUAUAUUUGAUGAUUUAAAUGUACAUAUUAAAUUAUGAACAAGCGAUUUCACCUCAUUUUAGACUUAAUUAAACUUAAAUAAAGUUUUUUAGAGACGCUGUACAUUCA